UAUCCUUACAGAUCAAAAAAAAAAAACAACUUUAAAAAUGAGUAACGAAGCAGAAGAUCAACCACAAAACUCAACAAACUCCUCAACGUCACCACCCCAACCAUCAGCCAAUGUACCCGCCAAAAUGAUUGAACACUUUAAGGCCAACAAAGUUGAUGGUGCCAUGUGGUUUUUGCGUUUAUUAGGCAUUGUUUUUGCCAUGGGCUAUGUCUUGCCCAUAUUUGGCAAUCAACAGAGUGCCUUCAAUAAAGUUUUACUCUCAAAUGCUGCCGUUUCGGCACUGCGUCUGCAUCAACGUUUACCCUCCUUUACAUUUUCACGUGAAUUUUUAGCACGUUUAUUUGUUGAGGAUUCAUGUCAUUAUCUUAUGUAUUCAUUGAUAUUCUUUAAUGUACAACCAACUCUAUUGAUUUUAGUGCCAAUAGUAUUGUUUGCUGUAUUACAUGCCUCCAGUUAUUCAUUGAAAUUAUUGGAUAUUAUUGGUCAAAACUCCUGGUGGGGAGCACGUUUCUUAAUCUCCUUGGUGGAAUUCCAGGCAGCUAAUAUUUUAAAAGCCGCUUCUUUCUCCGAAAUCUUUAUUAUGCCUUUGGCUGUUGUCUUGACAUUUAUGGGAAGAGCUGGCCUUAUGACUCCCAUUGUCUACUAUCACUUCUUGGUUAUGCGUUAUAGUUCUCGCCGCAAUCCUUAUACCCGUAACGCCUUUGCUGAAUUACGCAUGACCGCCGAAAGUCUAGCUGCUCGUUCUCCUCCCGUUGUGGGGAAAGUAGUACGCGGUGGCAUUGCCUUUGUCAAUCGUUUGGCACCCGCACCCCAACCUGCCCCAGCGCAAUAAUUCUAAUUCAUUUCAUAUAUUUUUAUACAUAACUUUAUGUGAAACAUAUGUAUUUUAUUAAGAUCUAUUAUGCAUUAUUAGCGUUUAAUCGUGGAAGAACAAGUUCUUAUUUUUUUAAUCAUUGAAUAAUAAUUUUAAUAUCAUCUGAUCAAUACUUCCUUUUUCUUACUAUUUCAACACUAUUUAUGGUUGUUUCUCUUUAACUUAUUCCUUUUUUUUAAAUAAACCUUUACAUGUGUAUUUAAUUAGAAAUGAA